CUGGAGAAGAUCAGAGGGGCCAUAAUUAUUUUCGAUGCAAUGAACCGGUUUGUUCAAACCAGGCUGGAAAGGUACGGAAGGCAAAUGCCGGGUGCUGAGGAGAUACGAGAUGACAACCGCCUGCCUACACCGGCCGCCCAGCCCCGGCAUCGCCGCCAGCGCUGUGACUUUGUCGAGUCGCGGACGAGUGCAGAUAUUGGCGGAGAGGGUCAGGGGGGCGGGGUCAGUGCCAGCCAAUCAGGAGCAGGCGCCCCACCCACCUCGGCCGCAGUCCCCGCCCACCCGAAGCCGCUCCUCCAGCUGAUCCGCCUCCCCUGCCGGCCCCCCAAAACAAGUCGGAGCCGCCAGACUGUCAAUGAAGCGGCGGCACCCCUCGUCCUGCAGGCUCGGCUCGGCUCUCCGCCCAACUCGGAUCCUGGCUGUUCGCUUCUCUCAGCCCGACAGGGGAGGGGCAUACACCAAACCCAACCAAAAAAAAACACCCAACCCUGCGCAGGAGGGGCAGCUCCUGUUUGUGUCGGUUGCUGCUGGCCGCACCGUGUUUGCAGAGAGCUCGCACUCUGAGUGCAAAAAGCUGCGGCGACGGCGACUUGCUUCCAGCUCUUCAAAACCAUAUCUUCAGUGGGGGGUGGGGGGCUUUGGGGAGGGGUAGGCGAGACAAACAAAAAAGGAUGCUUUGACUGAUUGACUGGGUACUGUCGCCUCGGGAUUCUCCAGCCGGUCUUGUUAUACUCCCAGUAACUGAAUACAUAUAAUUUAAAACAUCGAUCUCUCUCUCUCACACAUCACCGCCACCAGCAGCACCAACAACGCACGCCGUUACUUAGGCUCUCUUUGCACCGACUUUGUUUUUGCUGAUCGCUGCCCCAGUUGCAUACAGAUUGCGGACUUCUAACCUCGUUUUGCAGAACUUUGCGCCAACCUCACUCCCUCCUGACAGUGGGUCCGGGAAUUCGUGAUUGUUUUAUUUGAUUUCACAGACCACUGUCUCACACACAUCGUGGCUCCAAUGAAUUAAUACCUGCAGCGGGUCUCUUGUUGCUUUGAAGUGGUUUGCACCGUUACAGGUAUUUCCUAACCAUUUCUUGCUACAGUUUUGGACUUUAUCAACCCGAUUCCGGACUUCGAAUUAUCUGAAGAUACUGAGCGUCUGAAGCUUUAACUUUGGAAGAGUGUCUAUACAGACAGACUUAAAGGGCGGGUUCUUCUCAUCUCCUCUGCAGCCAUGAUCAACACGGAGAUACUUGUCGUCUUUCUGCUGCUCUGGAUGUGUGUUUGGUCGCAGGAGCCCGGCAAAGUGGUGGCCGAUCGGUACGCCGUCUACUGGAACAGCAGCAACCCGAGGUUCCUGAAGGGUGAUUUCCACAUUGAAGUUUGCAUCAAUGAUUACUUGGAUGUUUUCUGCCCUCAUUAUGAUGACUCUGUACCGGAAGACAAGACAGAGCGCUAUGUUCUCUACAUGGUGAAUUACGAUGGCUACCGCUCAUGUGAUCACACCUCCAAAGGUUUCAAGCGAUGGGAGUGUAACAGGCCUUAUGCAUCCAAUGGUCCCUUAAAAUUCUCUGAAAAGUUCCAGCUGUUUACUCCAUUUUCAUUAGGAUUUGAAUUCAGACCUGGCCGGGAAUAUUACUACAUCUCUUCGGCUAUCCCAGAUAAUGGAAAGAAGACAUGUUUAAAAUUGAAAGUCCUUGUGCGACAAUCAAACAGCUGUUCGAAAACUGUAGGUGUACAUGAAAGUGUUUUCGGUGCUAACGACAGAGUAGACAGUUCAUUAGAACCAGCAGAUGACACUAUCCAUGAAGCUGAACCAUCGCGAGGCGAGAAUGAUGCCCAAGCACCCAGGAUAUCCCCGCUACUUUUGGCGACUGUACUAUUCCUUUUCUUGAUGCUUUCAACAUUGUAGUGGUCAACAAUACAAAGAACCUCUGACACAGCAUGGCUGGAUCAGGAAACAUCACGAGUUCUGUAACUGCACUGUUGAAGAGGGGGACAUUCAGCUUAAUCCAGGCAUAAGAUUUAUUUUCUGUCCGGAGAGUAGAGAGCAAUUUAAGAGGGAUGAUGUGUCCAAACUGAUAACCCCUGCAAAAAUGCCAAAUUAUAUUUUGAGACUAAUGAUUCUUAUUUUCCUGUGCAUUUCUUCUUUCAAAGUACCCUUAGGCGGUUUGGCUCUUGUCAUCCAAGUGCAGAUGAGAAACAGUAGCGGCAGAUGCAGUAGCUGAAGAAAUAAGAAUAUUGAACUGAAGCCCAAGGGGAUUCCAAUCCUCCAUGCAAUAUUUAUACCUUAUCACUCAAUACUGUAAGAUGAUCACACAAGGCAUCAAAUCACCAUGUCAGAACUUUAGGGGAGAUUUUACAAAUAGAUAUAACCCUAUCCCUCUUGGGACUUAUAAUUGAACGUUUCUGAAGAGAGAGUUCCUGUGCUUAUGCAGUAGCUAAUAUGGUCUGUAAUAUUUUGUAUUUUUCACUCACAUUCUGUUUCAUGUGCUCUUUAGCAGGGCUUUGCAUUUUUGUAGGAAAUGCUCCUACCUUAGUCUUUUAAAAAAAAAUUGGGCAUCACCACAGAACUGAAGAGUGGUGCACGUUGCAGUAGGCUACUAGUGUUAUGCUGGACCUCAUGAGAAACACAAACGUAAAUGGUAGAUUAGAAACGCUGGUUUCAUUUGUAAUAUGGAUAGUUUUCAUGUGAAUAAGGAUAGGCAUUGUGAAUAACAUAACAGUUGCAAUUUAUUUUAACAUCCUAUUCUACAAGUGAAAAGCUAAUGAACUGAGUAUGUAAAAUACUGCAUCAUGUUUUUUUCCUGUAAAACUGGAUUGCAAUCCAACUCUGUAAUGGUGAUGCAGUUAAUUGCAUUUUCCUUUCCUGUGCACCGUAAGCUACCAUUUAAUGUUUGACCAUUUAGUUUCUGAUUGUUUAGGCAAGUCAGUGCCUACAUCUAUUUGAUGGUAAGACUCAAUGUGAAACUAUUACUAUUACACACUUGGAGGAUUCUGACAUAAACUGGACACCCCUGAUGUUAUGGAGGACAUUGGAGACCAACAACUUUUUGCUUGUUUGUUUUUAGUUGCCUUUUUUAAAAGCAGGGAAAUAAGGAUCAGUCUGUUCAGUGGAUACUGUGUAUCCUGUAAUAGUCUAUAACAUUAGUGUUAGCUUAGUACAUUGAUUUGUACCUUUUACUGGAGGACAAAAAGAAAAAAAAACAUUGUUUAAAUUCUGUAUUAUUAGCAACCUAUGUUGUAAAUAGUGUUUGAUAAAGUAUUAAUUCCAAUUCUUACAUCUUUUAUAAUUGAAUACAAUAGAAUUUCUGGAUUUGAUUGAGCAGUUUAAGCAAACAGAUCUAUUGUUGGAAUGGAAGAUGUGAUUCAACAGUCCUGAUAGAGGCUGACGACGACCGUGCAAGUGCAGGGGCACAAAACGGGGCGCAGCCCGCAAAAAUUGCUUAUUCUCGAUGAACAGAGGGGAGCAAAAACAAAAACUGUGACUUGACAUUCAGAAUCUUGGUCCUAUAUGUUUCUGAGGUGAUGCGGACGAAGCCCUGUGUGAAGAGGCACGUUGAUUCUGUUGAUUGGUGUUCCCGAUUUUUUUUUCUUCCUGCCCCAGAGAUGAAGUGGAUAUUUUUGUGGAAAGAUCUUGCCAGCAUCACUGUGGCAUGCGCAUGGACUCCAGUAAAAAAAAACCCGAAAAAUUGUCCGGUAUAGUUUUGUAAUUUUUGUCUCCUGUUUUCGCCCUCUUUGUGUGGAAGCAGCUCGUUCCAAGGACAGAAAUCGGGAUGCAUAUACCUGUCAACACCCUUGACUGACCCGCCUUGCAAUGUGGAAUAGAAAUGGUUCUAUAAAUUUAGAAGCAUAGAAAUUAAUCCACUCCCCUUUAUUCACUCCACGUAGAUCAGCUGUUCCCUGCUUUCAUCCAAGCCUUCAUUGAGCGGUGAAUGGGUAAAUCUGUUCUAUUUGGCAACUCCGAGUUUUUCCCAUGCAUUAGCCCCCAAACUGUUCUGAUGCGAGACGAAUCUUCUUACAAUAGCGUUGCUGCCAUUGUCUGUACAGUUUAAUAAAUGCUGCUGGCAUGCUGAAGGUUACUCAUGGAGUCUGCUAAAUCUGUUUUAGAUGCUUAAUCUGACACUCCGUCAGAGUCACUCAUUGUUUGUGCGUCUGGAUAUUAGAGUCCAGCCAUUGUUGUCCUUUGCCUGUACUGCCCUGCUCAAGAACCGCUUGAAAUGCAGAUUCUUUGCACUUAUUGAAGAGUGCUUUUUUGACAUGCUUAUAAGAGAAAGACACAAACCUAUGGUCUUCUGCCAUGUGGAUAUUCUAUACAUCUGUUUUGUAUAUACACGUGUCUGAGCAACUAUACAUAAAUAAAACUAAAGAUGUUCAU